AUGCUCCUUCUCCGGACCACAUGUGCCCUCAUCAUUUUGAUUCUUCUACCAACUGCUUUGUCCACGCUUCACCCAGAGUGUGAAUACAUUUUUCAGCUUGAGAGAGAUGAGCAGCACUGCCUUGAGUACAUCGCAGAACACACCAACAAAAGCAAUAACGGGUGUGUGUCCAUGUGGGAUGCUGUUGUCUGCUGGCCUAAUGCAGUCACCGGGGAAACCGUCUACAGGGCCUGUCCUGAUGUCUUUUCACUCUUCAAAAAUACCACAGGGUUGGUGGCCCGUAACUGCACCAGUGGAGGGUGGUCCAAGCCGUUCCCGCCGUACCACAUCGCCUGCAGCGUGGAGGAUGACCUCCCUGAGACUGAGCUGUCAUAUUUUGCCACUCUGAAGAUCAUCUACACCAUCGGCUACAGUGUAUCUCUGGUUGUGCUGGCUGUGGCUGUGCUUAUUCUGAUGCUGUUCAGGAAGCUGCACUGUGCCCGAAACUACAUUCACAUCCAGCUGUUCAUCACAUAUAUCUUGAAGGCUGUUUCUGUGUUUAUAAAGGAUGCUACUUUGUUCUCCAGUGAUGACACCAACCACUGCACCCUCUCCACAUUUGCCUGUAAGGCUUCUGUCAUUUUCUGUCAUUACUGUGUAAUGGCCAAUUUCUUCUGGCUCCUGGUGGAGGCACUCUACCUCAAUUCCCUGUUGCUCUCCUCACUUUACCAUAUGCACUGCUGUAUGUGGGGCUUCAGCUUGUUGGGAUGGGGAGUUCCCUUCAUCUUUAUUUCUCUGUGGAUUGGAUCUCGCAUGUAUUUCGAGGAUACAGAAUGCUGGGACAUUAAUGAGAAAUCACAGUUUUGGUGGAUCAUCAAGGGACCUAUUGUUGUGUCCAUUGCGGUUAAUUUUAUGCUUUUCAUGAAUAUUAUCAGAAUCCUAAUUCAGAAACUCAAUCCUCGACUGAUCCAGUUCAACAACUCCUCACAGUACAGGCGUUUGACCAAGUCCACUCUUCUUCUCAUCCCGUUGUUUGGGACUCACUACAUGUUCUUCAACUUUCUGCCUGACUACUUCGGUGUCAGUCUCCGCUUCUGUAUUGAGCUCUGCCUAGGAUCCUUUCAGGGUCUCCUUGUAGCAAUUCUUUACUGUUUUCUCAAUCAAGAGGUUCAAAAGGAGAUGCACAUGCAGUGGCUGCGGUGGCACGAGAGGAGCUAUGGUGUGGUGUCGCCUGUGGCCAAGUGCAGCCAAAUGGACACACCUUUUUAG